AUGGCACGGUACCUAGAUGCCUGUGAGGGAGAAGUGGCGAUACUGGACGCUACGAACACGACACGUGCUCGCCGACGUUUCCUCAUCGAGUAUGGCCAGCGCCCAGAGCUAUCCCAAAGCUUCCGUGUGUUUUUCGUUGAAAGUGUCUGCGAUGAUCCGGACAUCAUCAAUUCGAACAUUACGGAAGUCAAGAUCAACUCUCCUGAUUACAAAGGUAAAAUGACGCAAGAACAAGCUAAAGAGGACUUUGUCAAAAGGAUUGAGAACUAUAGACUACAAUAUGAACCGAUAGAUGAGGACACUGACGACGAAUUAUCUUUUAUCAAGGUGAUAAAUGCUGGAAAAUCGUUCUACGUCCACAAUGUGAAAGGUCAUAUUCAAAGUAGGGUUGUGUAUUUUCUUAUGAAUAUCCAUCUGCUACCACGUAGUAUCUACCUCACUCGUCAUGGCGAAAGCGAAUACAACCAGAUUGGACGAUUAGGAGGAGACAGUCCAUUG